GCGAGAAACACUUUUACCUAACAUUUCAGUUCUGAACAUAACUGGAGACGGUGUACAGUCGGCCAAUCACAGCGACCGUUCUAUUUCUCGGUGCCGCAAGCGACAUCUUGCGGUCGGCUGGGGAACCGGAUUGCUAAAGAUCGUUUUAAAAAUUAUCAAUAUGAUUUUAAGUUAUUGGAAAAUCAUCCUAGCUCUAAUCAGUCUAAAAGCGAGCUCAAAAACUUUUGCGCAAACAACAAACGAGCUCAAUUUUAGGGAAUCAAAAAAUUCAAGUAUUAAACAUAAAGACAAAUUAAAAGAAACUUUAACUGUUAUUUGGGACGAAACUAACUCAACCCCUUUUAUGGACGAAAGCUUUUCGACUGAAACGACUACCGGUAGUGAGCUUCCAUUCCUUGAAACCACUAAAAGUCCUGUAAAAAAACCAUUAGAACCGUCAGACUGUUCGCAGCGUGAAAAAUACAGAAAACAACCAAUAGCAAAAGAAUCGUCACGUCUGCGAAAAUGCUGCCCACAUGGAGAAAAUUUAGAUAUUUAUCGUGAAAAUCAAAGCGAUUCUAUGUGCGACAACGGCAUUAUAAAUUUUGAACCAACUGUUAUAAGUGCAGUUCUGUUUGAUAACUGUAUUGAAGAUUUGGAAAUUCAGACUUAUCUAAGCGUUGACAUUGGCAAUCCUUGCAACAGCUCCCUUCAAUAUGACGAUACGGAGGAUGUUUUUUUUGUUUUGCAAGACGGUUCCUUGUUAAUUAUUGACAAAUUUGGCAAUGAAUCGUACACAGUUGAGGAAAAUUACUGCUUGGAUAUUGAUAAGUCAGGACAUUUUUUUGCAUUUACAUGUGUUACACAAGUUGAAGAGCAAAUUGCUUUCGCAAAAGUAAUUUUUGUUGCCGUUCUAAUGCUUAUAUCUAUGCCGUGUCUUCUAUUAGUUAGCUACUUGCACAUGACACUUCGCUCUUUGCGUAACUUGCAUGGUCUCUCUCUAAGUUUGAUGUCUAUGUGUUUGGCUUCUGGAUACUUUGUGCACUCCGUUGUUCACAUAUAUGGAAUCCCAAACCAAGGAUUUAUUGGCUACAUUAUACAGUUUUGUAUUUUAAGCUAUUUUUUCUGGUACUUUUUUAUAUGCUUUAAUGUACUUUUAAACGUGUGGUACAAGGUUCCCUGCUGCAUUAGGCUUUCAAAGCCCUGGGCAACGUUUAAUUUUGCAUGUUAUACUCUUUUGGCUUUUUCUGGACCUGCUACAAUAGUGGCGCUAACAGCUCAAAAGGGAUUACCUGGAAUGCCAUCUUACUUUAUCCAAGGCCUCACGGAAUCUAUAAGAGACUCACAACGUUACUUUAUUCCACCAGUUUCCACGAUACUUUUUCUUAGUUUCUUGAUUAACAUAAUAUCAUUCUUCGGAUUUCAACGUAUAAACGGAUACGAAAAAACUCAAAAGAUAGAUGAAGUCCAGAAAAGUUUAUUGUUCGAUCAACAGAAAUACGAAGAAGUAAAAAAGGACGCCAAAUGCGUCAGCUUACUUGGAAUAAUUAUGGUCAUAAGCUGGCUACUCGAAAUAGUUACAUUUUACUCAGGAUCGAAUUCUAAUUAUCUGCUACUUUGCGACAUGGCGAAUGGCCUUCAAGGCGUUUGGGUAUUGCUUAUCUUUCUGGUUGUGCGGAGACGCCGAACAAUAAUUUUACGGUGGUGGUAUGAUCGUGGUUCCCACAAAAUUGAAGGCACCGAGCUGCAAGCUCUUAAUAAUAAUAACAGUCCCACAUAGAUAUAAAAAUAUAAUAUAAAUACUAAUUUUAAAAGUUUUUUUAUAACUAAAAUAGUAUCGCCCUGUACUCGUUAGGUACAAGGUUUUUUUUAACUAUAAAGAAAAGAAUCAGGACACAUGAGUAACAGUUAAAAAAUGUAAUGCAAAUGUGUGUGCAAGCCAAAUUAUAUAUAUCCCAACAGCCUUAACAAAAAUGUAUAGUCCCUUGAUUUAUUUUUAAAAUGUUUAGAAAUAUCUUCAACUCAAGCUAUGCGUUUAUGUGAAAAACAACAAAGUCGAUUUCCUAUUUCUUUUCGAAUCUUUACCAGGCCAGUUUAUUAUAUAGUCGUCUGAUCCGUUCCGUUUCAAUAGAAAUAGUUUUGGGAAAAUUUCAUUGAUUGCAAUUAUAAUUCCUUCUGCAAAAGUAUACAAAUAAAAAACGUAACGCAACAGUAUUUUUAAAUCAGUUGAAAGAGAAUAAAGAUAUAAAACUGUAGAGAACGUAAAAAUAUUUCAGUAACCAUCAACAUUAAUUCAGAAAGUAUUUAUAGUUAUUAGCAGUAAAUAAAAAAAUAUCGAAAAAGUA